GGGGGGCUGUCAGUGGCGGUGCCCGGGGAGAUCCGAGGCUAUGAGCUGGCACACCAGCGGCAUGGGCGGCUGCCCUGGGCUCGCCUCUUCCAGCCCAGCAUCCAGCUGGCCCGCCAGGGCUUCCCCGUGGGCAAGGGCUUGGCAGCAGCCUUGGAAAACAAGCGGACCGUCAUUGAGCAGCAGCCUGUCUUGUGUGAGGUGUUCUGCCGGGAUGGAAAGGUGCUUCGGGAGGGGGAGAGACUGACCCUGCCGCGGCUGGCUGACACCUACGAGACGCUGGCCAUCGAGGGUGCCCAGGCCUUCUACAACGGCAGCCUCACGGCCCAGAUUGUGAAGGACAUCCAGGCGGCCGGGGGCAUUGUGACAGCUGAGGAUCUGAACAACUACCGUGCUGAGCUGGUCGAGCACCCGCUGAACAUCAGCCUGGGAGACGCGGUGCUGUACAUGCCCAGUGCGCAGCUCAGCGGGCCCGUGCUGGCCCUCACCCUCAACAUCCUCAAAGGUGAGUGGUCGCACCACAGCCCUGCGCAACGUGUACCUGGCUCUGAUCAACCAGGGUACAACUUCUCCCGGGCAAGCAUGGAGAUCCCUGAGCAGAAGGGCCUGACGUACCACCGCAUCGUAGAGGCUUUCCGGUUUGCCUACGCCAAGAGGACCCUGCUUGGGGACCCCAAGUUUGUGGAUGUGACUGAGAACUGA